AUGAUUGCAAGUGUCGGCGGAUAUUAUUAUUAUCAUUAUUGGCGACAAUACCGACACCGGCAACAAAUCAUAGGACAGUCGACUAAUUGGUUAUCUAACGGUUCCCUAUCAUUGUUUGGACAGUUAGCUCUACCGAUGAGAACCAGUAAUAUGUUGACUCCAUUGAUCGGACAGGAAGUUAUUGAACGGUUAAAAAAAGCGUCGACACCUCUGUAUGUGGCCGUCUAUACACUCAACAAGUUCACUGGUAUAUGGGAAUGGGGAACUGGAUGUAUAGUAGUAGUAGCGGCUAAUACAGGUGCUGCUGCUGGUGGUGGUGGUGGUAGUUAUGUACGAGUGUUGACCUGCGCUCACCUAUGCGACAGUCAACUACCGGUAAAAGUUUUAGGUUCGCGAAUAAGUAGGACAGGUAUACAGGGACGGGUAGUCUAUGCUGAUCCUCAACUGGAUAUGGCUGUCGUGGACAUACCCGUUGAUAAUACCGUUGCCCGAAAUAUAGCCGUCUAUCAGUUUACCGACGACUCGUUGUUACCCGACUACGGCUCACCGGUAGUGGCCUUCGGGUUUCCGACAAACGGCUACAAUCUAUGCUCGGGUAUUGUCAGCUGUCCGGCCGGCAAACUGUACGCCAAUCAAGACUAUAAACAUUUUACUGGCCAUAUUGUUGACGACCAGCAGCAGCAGCCACACCUACCCGACCCGUCAAUAGUGGGAGCGGGGAGAGUGGGAGGUAUAUAUCCGCCGGGAACUGUCGAUAUUCAACACUCGGCACCGACAGAGUCGGGCUAUUCGGGCGGACCACUGAUUGAUGCCGAUUCGGGCCAACUGUUGGGCAUUAAUCAUGCAGUCGGUGAAUUAGUUACAUUUGCCAGUUCAAGCAAUUAUAUCAAUGAUUUAUUGAAAAAGGCCGACAUAUGUAAGGACAGUCAGUUUCAGAGACGUCGGUCAGAGCACCGGCCUAUCAGAUUGGGCGUCGAGUUGGCCUUCUAUUCUAAUUCAUGCAGUGUGACCGAUAAAAUUUUCAAUUUUCGCGGCAAUGCUUCACUGGAACCGACCGAUCAAAUAGUUCAACUAAAUGGCCAAAUGAUUGAUUCGUUAGACUAUUUUCGUGAAUUGCUUGACAAGUGCCCAGACAAUCAACCCAUCAGUCUAUUGGCACUAUCGAUAAUACCCGACACUAAUGAUGACCAACAACCAUACAAAACCAUAAGAUUGAUUCAAACAGGACUAACCUAUGUCUAAGACACACCCACACACCUGAUCACAAGUUAAUAUAUACAGUACAUACCCUAUC